UACAAAUCAGCUGUCCACGACGCUCUCUCAAAAUUUUGUAAACGUUCUGGCGUAUUAUUUUAUUUAUUUUGGUUUCGUUUCUGUGCAAUCUUUCGGUCAAAAAGUAUUUUCAGAACGCAGUAACGUUCUCAGGAAUCCUGGCUGUUGAAACUCGGUCAACUUAAAUCACUGCACCAAACAAAACAGUACAAACACAUCAGCGGUCCACUGCUGGGCAAAAGUGAUUCGCAUAUGCCUUAACCAAAAUAAACAUUUUUUACCGGAUUCGUAAUGCCAUUAAAUUGUUAAGGAUUCCCUAGUCAUGAGUGGACCAAGGCAGCCAGGAGAUUCGGCAGGAAUAGCUCCGGCAACCGCUGGCGGGGACUCCGCCAAUUGGCCAUCAAGGGACUUCAACGGCGGAGGACCGGGAAACUCUGGUUCGAGCGGCAACAACUGGCGACAGAACAACUCAAUGAAAUAUAAUUCGCGACCCUGGCAUCGAGGCCGUGCGGACAGUGGUCCCUUUAACAACAGAGUGUGGACUAAUCAUAAUCAAAGACAUUCGCCGUACCCUCGACAAAACUACGGAAAUCGGGAUAACUCUAAUAACCAUAACUUAAAAGAGAAACGCCAGGAGAGAGAUUAUACCAAGAGAACUGAUUUUCAGCACCGUAACCCAAGAUACAGAGGUCAACAUUUCAGGGGCCAUAAUCACAGAAAUCAGCCUAGGAGGAGUGAAGAUAAUUCCUCCAAAUCGCCUUAUCAUUAUGAAGAAAGUGGUGAACAUCAAAGCAGAGUCCCAAGCGACAUUAACAAAAAUAAAGAACCAAACUGUGAACCGAAAAGCGACGCUUCUAAAGCCGGAGAAUUAGAGGAUAAUCAAAGUGGUAUAAUUUAUCAAAUAAAUCAAAGCGGAAGCCAAGACAAAACAACAGCGCAAAAAGAACAAAGUGCAGAGGAACCGAUCACAGAUACCAAUAAUUCAGAAAAAUGCUUUAAUUCCGAUAAGUCUGAGGUUAACAAGAUUGCUGGGACAUCUCCCAAUAAAGAGCAAUUAAUUUUGUCCAUCUCCAGUGACGAAGAUUCUAAUCAAUUGUAUCCUCGUAUCCAAGUGCGUCCCCUGACUCAACUGCUGAAACAGGAAAUCUUGGCAGUUACUCAGGAGAAUCGUCUUGGCAAAGGUCCUCUUUUAAGUCCUUCUGCAUCCGUUCCCCCUGCAAGUCCCAAUCGAUUGGCUCAAAAACCCAAUCUUAGAAAUCGCCGACGGACAGUGAGUAACUGUAUUCAAAAUGGAUCAAAUCCCAGUACCAGCCAGGCCGGAACGGAAGCAAAUAUUAAUGAUCGCAUUGCUAGUAUGGACAAAGAGAGUCUUAAGAACAUUAUUAACAAUGGUGAUCCUAUCUACGACGAGCACUUAAAGCUUCAGGCUCGAAGACGUUUACGCGAAGAGAUCCGUCGACAGCUAAAGAAUAUCGAGUUGGAGCAGCCCAAGGAUAAUCUGGUUACGGAACUUGUCGAGGACGAAAUCGUAGAUGCCAUUAAAUUGCCCGAACUUCUGCUGCAGGAGAUAGGAAAGUGUUUUGGCAUAGACAUAUCAGAGGGUCAGAACACACAGAACUCUGAAGGGAAUAAUCAAGAUACACCAAACAGAAAAGCCAACGAGGAAUGUUUAGUUCCAGUCGAAAACAGCGAGGAGUGCAGAACAGAAAGUGGUAGCAGCAGCAGUGUAGUCAAACUAGAAGAGAGUGAACCUCCUGGUAGAGUAUUACCAUCGAGUGAAAACAAGACAAAAAGUACUAUCAAAGAUAUCAACCAGUGCAUUAAAGUUGAAAACCUUUUAAUCAAAGAACCGGUCUGUGCAAUUGAGAGUAAAAAUGGUAAUGAUAAAAACAAAGAUUCUGAAAAUGUCACUACAAUCAGUAAACCUCUAAGUGAAGAUGAUAAAAGGCGUAAAGAAGUCUUACAAGAAAGUAAUAACAAAAAAAGUCCUAAAAAGAACUUCAAGAAUUCCCUUAAUGGAAAGAAAAUAAAAUUUAAAAAAGGAAAAAAGAAAAAACCUAAGGCUAAAACUCUUCAGUCUGGGUCACAACAAGAAGUGGCGGAAUCCUUCGAUUCCAUGAAAAGGUCCAAUGAUCCUAACCCCAGACUGAAGGCAGCCGAUGAAAUUGAAACAUUGGCCGGUAUACGUCUAAACACGAAUCAUUCUUCCUUGUUGCCAAGCUCAACUUGUGAAAUUAUUCCAAAUAGCUUAGAAACCUCAAGUUUAACAGGUGAUGAAUUAAAACCAAGUCAAUCACCAACAAAAACAUUAAAAAAGAUUAUAGUGGAAUCCGCUAAUUCUGAAAAGGAAAUCACUUCUGACAUCACUUUGCCACUUAAUACGCAUGCUAAAAUGGAAAUCAAAAGGGAGUCUAGCAGCUCACCAAUUUUAGUAUUACCUUUAGUAUCGAAGGAAGUAAUUGAUCUUCUGAGCUCAUCUGAUGAAGAAGAGGAAAAAAUGUGCGUAGAUAACACUGAUAAACAAAUUGCAUUACAAGCUGAUGAUCAAAAUUUGAAUGUGCAAGAACGCAAACCUCCGACUGUGGAUGAUCUAACCAGUGAUCAUUCAAACAGCUCUCAGUGCAGCAGCGAGUCCACGAAAAGGAGGCGGAAGUUGAAGCUCCAAAACGAUGCUGAAAAUGUAGUGGAUAGUUUCGAGAAACUGAUCCUUCCACAUCUUCGGGAGGGCCUCAUGGAACGCUAUCGUCGCCAGCACUCCGGUAACCUGCAAAGCCGUCUGCAUUUUAUAUCCUGCGUGGUGACCAGCGCCGAGUACAAUUCACAAACGUUUAGCAAAAUCGAGGUGGCCAAAAUCCAGAUGAAUCUCAAAGCAGCCGACAAUCGCCAAGCUAUCGAAUUUCUCCUAAGGGAGAUUGUCAACGUGGUAAAUCUGCAGAAGCAGCGCCGUCGGGAACAGGAGGAGGAGCAGAAGUUGACUAGUUUACUUAGCCCAAGAAAAGCUGAUUCUUCAUCAUCGCCAGCUCGACAAAGUGCAGGAGCUCUUUCUACCUCCCCAAGUAUAUCAUCCCGGAUAGGGAACCAAUCUUCUGCGUCCCGCCAAAGUACUCCAGUUGAAUCAUCCCACAAGAGUACUCAAUCUUCUCCAAACCGAAACAGUUCACCAUCCGUUGAUAAAUGUGAAAGUCCUCCCGGCACCAGUGAAGUCAAGCGCCAGAAUCAGGAGCCAUUUCCCGUCGGACUGCCAUUUUCGGCCAUGGAUUCCCGAUUUUCCGGCGGUGGUUUAUCGCGUGUAGGUGUAGGAGGGGCGGAUUUAUCCGAGCCUAUAGCUCAAUUGGGUGACAUGAUGGCCCAGAGCCUGGCUGAUAUUGAUCGCCGUCUGCUGGAAAAUCAAAACCGUCGCAGCAUUCUCGAGGAAAUGAUCAUGAAGUUCCAGAAGGAGAAGUCUGACCUGGAGAUACUCAGUUUGGAGCUGCAAAGUCGCAAGUUUUUGUUGAUCAACUCGAUGAUUUCCCAAAAUCAGGCCUCUUCUACGCCAGUCGUUAACCCCAGAAACUCACCGCCUAAAGCUUCUACUAGUCAGGAAUCUGCACAGGACGAGGGUUUCGCCAAGGGAGGGAUAGCCAAGCGAACUAGAAGUAGAACUAAAUUGAGAAGAGCUGUGUUGGUAAAACUAGUGCCCAAACGACAGGUAAGGGUACAGAAACGUGUUCGUAAGAAACACAAAUCAGACGAACUAAUAGCCCAAUUGAGGCAAGAAAUUGCUGACCAAGAGGAAAAGAACAAAACUAGCGAAGAAGAAGCCAAAGAAUCGGGAUCUGAACUCAAAGUUCAAUCAAAUUUGAAGGAUGAGCAGCAGGAUGAGCCUAUGUGUGAAACCGAAUCUGCACCCACCGCCAAACCAACGCAAUCGCGACUUGGCAAACCGAAAGCAAGUGUUGCCGGCAAUCAGACCCAUCAACCGCUGGCUAUAAUACCACCGCUACCACCUCCGCCACCGCCUCCUGAACCGAUCUGUCACAUGUCCUACGACUCUGAGCACUGGUCAGAACUCAACUCUCAAGAGGAUUUCAAGCUUGGAUUUAUACCCAAGGGGAAAUUGGAACAAAUUCAAAGUCCCAUCACACAAAUUAAGAUCUACAGGGAGUACGUGAUAGCCGCAGCAGAGGAUGGGGAUAUCUACAUGUUCCACCUGGUCAGUCACAAGCUGGAGCGAAAGAUCACAAAGCACAGCGAGGCGAUAACAAAUAUGUAUCUCAGCGAAAAGGAAUCCUUGCUGUACACCACUUCACUAGAUGGCUUUUUUAAAAAGUCCUCCCUAGAGAACUUGGAGCGUGUCAUUGAAACGGUAUACUUUAAGGAACCGCUGCAAUCGAUUGACAUCGCCUGGGGAUUGGCCUUCAUUGGCAGUCGAUGGGGUCUUAUCUCUACAUUCAACGUGGUGACAAACAAGGUGAUGGAUAAGCCAUUGGCUUCAACCUGCCAAUCCAUUAUUGCCAUUAAGGCCACCAAAGAAGGUGUUCGAAAGAUCUUACUCCUCGGAUGCAAGGGAAACUUCGUCCAAAUGCGGGAUGCAGCCAACGGGUUGCUGCUGCGUAACGUGUGCAUUUCAGAGGGCUUGAAUGUCUACAGCCUGCUCUUAAACGAAGGUCACAUUUACUGUGGCACUCAGCGAAACGAGAUCUUUCAGUUGGAGUUUGAUACUGGCAACUUGGUUACCAAGUUGAAAUGCGGCAAUGGUGCUGUAUCCAUAGUGUCCUACAAAGAGCGAUAUUUGCUGGUUGGCUGUUACGAUGGCUUUAUAUAUGUCCUGGACAAAAUAACUGGAACGCAAGUAGGCCGUUUUGAGGGCGCUGGCCGUUUGGUUUUGGCCUUAGCAGUAGCAGGCGAUAAAAUCGUCACAUCUUCAAAAGACAAUUCGCUGGAAAUUCUUGAAGUGCCCGCAGCCAUGGUAAAUGGAUAUUGAGACGCUUAUCGGAACUUGUAUAAAUCAGUUUUAAU